ACCAGCCCUGAGCUCGUUAGGAGGUGUUUAGAUGGAGCUGUGCUCAGGGACUGACAGCGAGUGAUUCCCUCUAACAAGUGUUGCCUGCAGUACACACACAGCAUCCAGUUACAACACUGGCGCAAGUCGAUAAUUCUCCAGCGCUCUGUCCAGGGGCUAUUUUUGGUUCGCUGUUGCAGUUCCUUUCAAAGUGUUCAGCCCCCCGCUCAUUGUUCUGUGUGUGUUUUGUUGGCAACUGCUAGCUCACAGACUACGAGCUAAGGACACACUAGUUUCAGAAGCCCCGCGAGUGUUGAGCGAGCACAAGCAGAUAUGGAAAACACCCCCAUCCCCGUGGUCACAGUCCAGACCGUCCCUUACGACGACCAGAAACCCGGGACCAGUGGCUUGAGGAAGAAAACCUCCGUCUUCGAGAGCAAGAGGAACUAUCUGCAGAACUUUACACAAAGCGUCCUGUCUUCUAUAGACCUCAGGGACAGGCAAGGCUGUACCAUGGUGGUAGGAAGUGAUGGGAGAUACUUCAGCAGGACCGCUAUAGAGACCAUUGUCCAGAUGGCAGCUGCCAACGGGAUUGGGCGAUUGGUGAUUGGUCAGUAUGGGAUUCUGUCCACACCAGCUGUGUCCUGCAUCAUCAGAAAGAUAAAGGCCAUUGGAGGAAUCAUUCUUACAGCUAGUCAUAAUCCUGGAGGCCCAGGUGGCGAUUUUGGAGUGAAGUUUAAUGUGGCCAAUGGAGGUCCAGCUCCUGAGUCAGUGACAGAGAAGAUCUACCAGAUUAGUAAAACUAUAGAAGAGUUUGCCAUCUGUCCUGAUCUGAGAAUAAACCUUUCUCGACUGGGCAGGCAAGAAUUUGAUCUGGAGAACAAGUUCAAACCCUUCAGAGUUGAAAUUGUGGACACAGUAGAAGUUUACCUCAACAUGCUGAGAACCAUGUUUGACUUCACUGCUAUCAAGGGAUUACUAACUGGACCCAACCAACUGAAAAUAAGAAUAGACGCCAUGCAUGGAGUUAUGGGUCCCUAUGUGAGGCGGAUACUCUGUGAUGAGCUUGGAGCUCCUGCAAACUCUGCUGUCAAUUGUGUCCCACUGGAGGAUUUUGGUGGGCAGCACCCAGACCCAAAUCUCACGUACGCUACCUCUCUACUCGAGGCCAUGAAAGGAGGAGAAUAUGGGUUUGGUGCAGCUUUCGAUGGAGAUGGGGACCGUAACAUGAUUCUUGGGAGGAAUGGCUUCUUCGUCAAUCCCUCAGACUCUGUUGCCGUGAUUGCGGCAAAUAUCUGCUGCAUUCCAUACUUCCAGAAGACAGGAAUUCGAGGAUUUGCAAGAAGCAUGCCCACCAGUACAGCACUGGACAGGGUAGGGAAAGUCAUGAAGAUCCCGGUUUAUGAAACACCGACAGGCUGGAAAUUCUUCGGGAAUUUGAUGGAUGCUGGGAAGUGUUCCCUGUGUGGAGAGGAGAGCUUUGGUACAGGGUCUGAUUGCAUUCGCGAGAAGGAUGGUCUCUGGGCUGUUCUUGCAUGGUUAUCUAUUAUCGCAGCUCGAAAACGGAGUGUGGAGGAGAUUGUGAAGGACCACUGGGCCCGCUUUGGUCGCAAUUACUACUGCAGGUUCGAUUACGAGGACAUAGACCCACGAGCAGCUUACUACUUAAUGAGGGACCUUGAAGCUGUUAUCACAGAGCGAUCGUUCAUAAACCAACAGUUCGCUGUAGGGAAUCACAGCUACACAGUGGAAAAAACCGAAAACUUUGAAUACACAGAUCCUGUGGAUGGCAUUGUAACCAGGAACCAGGGCCUGAGGUUAAUACUCACGGAUGAUUCCAGACUCAUAUUUAGACUGAGCGGGACUGGGAGUAUGGGAUCUACAAUCAGGAUCUACGCGGAGAGUUAUGAACGGGACCCCAGCAGGAUCGAGAGUGAUCCACAGGUGGUGCUGGGCCCUUUGAUCGCCAUCGCGCUGAAGCUGUCUCAGAUUCACGAUCGGACAGGCAGGAGGGGACCCACAGUCAUUACCUGAGAGCGUCGCACUGACAACUCCCUAGGGGCCAAGAGAGAGAGAGAAAUUCUAUUUUUUGUUUUGUUUUUCAUACUGGCUGCUCACAGCUUCGUACCCAAUCACUAACAAAGAAAAGGGAAGAGAGAAGUAAUGUUUCGCGAAAGAAUGAGGUCGUCCAGUUCUUUCUUUUUUGCUUUUGUGUUAACAAUAUUGAUGUACUUGAUGUUAACAACAAUGAUGUAUUUUAUAAAGAGCCACCUGUGUUAAGCUUGCAUGAGAUGUGUUGUUUGAGUUAGCAUUUACUAUAUGAGACGGCCUGUGUGUUAAUCUUAAUGUUUUAGAUUCAAUGGUAAAGGCUGUCCACUGGCUGUGUACAAUUGUGUUAUUGUAAACUCAUCAUUUAAUAAAACAAAUUGUCAACUUCCCCUCCCCACCCCACAAAUAUUAUUAAACUAUAUUGCUAACAAA